AUGAGCAAAUAUAUUUAUACAUUUGGUGAUGGCAAAGCAGAAGGCAGUGCAGCUUUGAAGAAUCUUUUGGGAGGCAAAGGAUCUGGAUUGGCAGAAAUGAAUUUGAUUGGCAUUCCUGUACCACCAGGAUUCACAAUUACAACAGAUGCUUGCAACUUGUACACUAAGAACGGUGCUGAAUCCACUUUCGCUCUCAUCAAGGCCGAUGUUGAGAAAGCACUUCAUUAAGUAGAAGAAUUGACUAAGAUGGAAUUUGGCUCAGCUGAAAACCCCUUACUUGUUUCCGUCAGAUCCGGAGCCAGAGUUUCAAUGCCUGGUAUGAUGGACACAAUUCUUAAUCUUGGAUUAAAUGAUGUCUCAGUAGAGGGAUUGAGCAAGAGAACAAACAACCCAAGAUUUGCAUGGGAUUCAUACAGAAGAUUCAUUCAAAUGUUCAGUGACAUUGUUUUGGACAUGAAACCAACAACAAAGGAAGACAUCGAUCCAUUUGAAGAAAUCAUUGAAAGUGUCAAACAUGCUAAGGGAGUCAAAUAAGAUACCGAACUUGAUGUUGACGAUCUUAAGACUCUCGUUGACAAGUACAAGGUUGCUGUCAAAGCCAAAACAGGAAAAGAUUUCCCAUAAGAGCCAGAAUAAUAAUUAUGGAAAGCUAUUUAAGCUGUGUUUGAUAGUUGGAACAAUGAUAGAGCUAAAUACUACAGAAUUCUUAACAAGAUCCCUGAAGAUUGGGGAACUGCAGUCAAUGUCUAAGCUAUGGUUUUCGGUAACAUGGGAAAUACAUCAGCUACAGGAGUUGGAUUCACUAGAGAUGCAUCAACUGGAGAAAAUAUUUUCAAUGGAGAGUAUUUGAUCAAUGCCUAAGGAGAAGAUGUCGUUGCAGGUAUCAGAACACCAUAAUAAAUCACUUUGAUUGGAUCAAAGAGAUGGGCUGAAUCAUAAGGAGUUCCUGAAGAUGUCAGAAAAAAUCAAUUCCCAUCAUUGGAAGAAUCAUUACCAGAAACAUACUAAGAAUUGAAGAAUGUCUAAGAAAAAUUAGAAUAACACUUCAAAGAUAUGUAAGAUAUUGAAUUCACAAUUUAAAAUGGAAAAUUAUGGUUAUUAUAAUGCAGAAGUGGUAAAAGAACUGGUGCUGCCAUGGUUUAAAUUGCUUGUGAUUUAUUAAGAGAAGGAAAGAUUGAUGAAAAGACAGCUCUUAAGAGAAUUGAACCAAAUAAAUUAGAUGAAUUAUUACAUCCAAUUUUCACACCAGAAGCUUUGAAAACAGCUAAGUUUGUUGCUAAGGGACUACCAGCAUCUCCAGGUGCAGCUUCAGGAUAAAUUGUUUUCUUCGCUGAUGAAGCCAAGAAAUUUGCUCAAAGUAUUUUAGUAAGAAUUGAAACAUCUCCAGAAGAUUUGGAAGGUAUGAACAUUGCCAGAGGUAUUUUGACAGCCAGAGGAGGUAUGACAUCACACGCUGCUGUCGUUGCAAGAGGUAUGGGUAAAUGCUGUGUUUGUGGUGCUGGAUCUUUGAAUAUCAAUUACAAAUAAAGAACACUUGAAGUUAACGGAAAGGUUUAUGCUGAAGGUGAUUGGAUUUCAUUGAAUGGAUCAACAGGAGAUGUCUUUGAAGGAAAAUUAUAAACAUAAGAAGCAUAACUCAGUGGAGAUUUCGGUUUGAUUAUGGAUUGGGCUGAGAAAUACACUAGAAUGUAUGUUAGAACCAAUGCAGACACACCAAAGGAUGCUUAAAUUGCUAGAAAAUUCGGUGCCAAGGGUAUUGGAUUGACAAGAACUGAACAUAUGUUCUUUGAAGGAGAAAGAAUCAAAGCUAUGAGAGAAAUGAUUUUAGCAUCAGAUUUGACUGGUAGAUAAGCUGCAUUGGCUAAAUUAUUACCAUUCCAAAGAAGUGAUUUUGAAGGUAUUUUUGAGGCUAUGAAUGGAUAUGGAGUAACAAUUAGAUUGUUGGACCCACCCCUCCAUGAAUUCGUUCCACAUGAAACUGCUUAAUAAUAAGAAUUAGCCUAAGAUAUGGGAUUAACUUUAGAUUAAGUUAAAUAAAAGGUACAUGAAUUAGCAGAAUUCAACCCAAUGUUGGGACACAGAGGAUGCAGAUUAGGAAUUACAUAUCCAGAAAUCACAGAGAUGUAAACAAGAGCCAUCAUUGAAGCAGCUCUUAACAUCAAAGCCAAGGGUAUGGAUGUUAAACCAGAAAUUAUGGUUCCAUUAGUUGGUAAUGUUAAUGAAUUAGAGCACUAAUUGAAAGUUGUUAAAAAGACAGCUGAAACAGUAUUCAAAGAGAGAAAUGACACAAUUCAUUAUUUAGUCGGAACUAUGAUUGAAGUACCAAGAGCUUGCUUAGUUGCUGAUUAAAUUGGNAAGAAAAAUUAGAAUAACACUUCAAAGAUAUGUAAGAUAUUGAAUUCACAAUUCAAAAUGGAAAAUUAUGGUUAUUAUAAUGCAGAAGUGGUAAAAGAACUGGUGCUGCCAUGGUUUAAAUUGCUUGUGAUUUAUUAAGAGAAGGAAAGAUUGAUGAAAAGACAGCUCUUAAGAGAAUUGAACCAAAUAAAUUAGAUGAAUUAUUACAUCCAAUUUUCACACCAGAAGCUUUGAAAACAGCUAAGUUUGUUGCUAAGGGACUACCAGCAUCUCCAGGUGCAGCUUCAGGAUAAAUUGUUUUCUUCGCUGAUGAAGCCAAGAAAUUUGCUCAAAGUAUUUUAGUAAGAAUUGAAACAUCUCCAGAAGAUUUGGAAGGUAUGAACAUUGCCAGAGGUAUUUUGACAGCCAGAGGAGGUAUGACAUCACACGCUGCUGUCGUUGCAAGAGGUAUGGGUAAAUGCUGUGUUUGUGGUGCUGGAUCUUUGAAUAUCAAUUACAAAUAAAGAACACUUGAAGUUAACGGAAAGGUUUAUGCUGAAGGUGAUUGGAUUUCCUUGAAUGGAUCAACAGGAGAUGUCUUUGAAGGAAAAUUAUAAACAUAAGAAGCAUAACUCAGUGGAGAUUUCGGUUUGAUUAUGGAUUGGGCUGAGAAAUACACUAGAAUGUAUGUUAGAACCAAUGCAGACACACCAAAGGAUGCUUAAAUUGCUAGAAAAUUCGGUGCCAAGGGUAUUGGAUUGACAAGAACUGAACAUAUGUUCUUUGAAGGAGAAAGAAUCAAAGCUAUGAGAGAAAUGAUUUUAGCAUCAGAUUUGACUGGUAGAUAAGCUGCAUUGGCUAAAUUAUUACCAUUCCAAAGAAGUGAUUUUGAAGGUAUUUUUGAGGCUAUGAAUGGAUAUGGAGUAACAAUUAGAUUGUUGGACCCACCCCUCCAUGAAUUCGUUCCACAUGAAACUGCUUAAUAAUAAGAAUUAGCCUAAGAUAUGGGAUUAACUUUAGAUUAAGUUAAAUAAAAGGUACAUGAAUUAGCAGAAUUCAACCCAAUGUUGGGACACAGAGGAUGCAGAUUAGGAAUUACAUAUCCAGAAAUCACAGAGAUGUAAACAAGAGCCAUCAUUGAAGCAGCUCUUAACAUCAAAGCCAAGGGUAUGGAUGUUAAACCAGAAAUUAUGGUUCCAUUAGUUGGUAAUGUUAAUGAAUUAGAGCACUAAUUGAAAGUUGUUAAAAAGACAGCUGAAACAGUAUUCAAAGAGAGAAAUGACACAAUUCAUUAUUUAGUCGGAACUAUGAUUGAAGUACCAAGAGCUUGCUUAGUUGCUGAUUAAAUUGGCCAAAUUGCUGAAUUCUUUUCAUUUGGUACCAACGAUUUGACUUAAAUGACACUCGGAUUCUCAAGAGAUGAUGCUGGUAAAUUCUUACCAUAUUACAUAAACAAUGGAAUAUUGAAAGUCGAUCCAUUUUAAGUUUUGGAUAGACAAGGAGUAGGAAAGAUGGUUGAAUUGGCAGUCAAGAAUGGAAAAUCAACAAAUCCACAUUUGAAAGUUGGUAUUUGCGGUGAACACGGAGGAGAACCAUCAUCAGUUGAAUUCUUCCACAUUGUUGGAUUAGACUAUGUCAGUUGCUCACCAUUCAGAGUUCCAAUUGCAAGAGUUGCAGCAGCCAUAGCCAAUUUAACCCACCCAUGAGUAUUUCAUUAAAAAAUAUAUAAAUUUAAUUAAUUGGAG